AUGUUUAACACUCUCGACGUACUCAGUACGGAGCAAAACGAAGGAGAGUCAAACAUUGAUAAGGAAAAUGUAUCUCAUAAUAUACAAAGUCCUUUUGAAGAAUCAAAAGAAACACUACAGUUGAAAACUAAAAACGAACCAGCAAAUUCUGACGAAAUCCUAGCACAGUUAGUUGCAAUGGGUUUUGAAUUAUCCCUUGCGCAAUUUGCUGUGAAUGAAAAUAAAGAUUGUGGAUUUGAUAUUACUCUUCAAUGGUUAUUACAACAACAAAAUUAUAAUAGGCUUGAUGAAGAAGUAAAAGUUUCUAUUAAACAUUCUACCGAACAUUUUUAUUCAAAGAAUGUAGAAUCGAAUCCUGCAUUAAAAAUAAAACCCACUCCUUAUCGUCGUCCAAUUUCUGCGGCUAAUGCUAUACCACCCAAGAAAGGAAUUUUGAAACCACCACCACCACCAAAUACACGCUCACUUUGGAAACGUGAUUGGUUAUCUACUCUUAAUAUCCGUCUCCAAAAUACAACAAAUGCUACGUCGACUACAGCAGCUCCCAAUACUACUGCUUCAUUUUUCGCUAGCGCGCUAAAACGAUUGAACUCGCCUACCACAUUUUCGUAUACCACCCAACAAGAAGAACAACAACAAGUGCCUCAGCAGAACCAAAAACAGCCACCUCAUGUGCUUCGUGUAAAUACUACAACUCCUGUAGAUCAAAUUUCUCAAUAUAAUUCGCAAAACCCCUCUCUACCAUCGAAUUUUAAUCUUCUUACUCCUAAAGCACUUAAGAGAGUUCGUUUUUCUGUUACUAAGUUGACAGAUGAGUAUCCACACUCACCGAUCCCUGGUGACAGUGAUAAUAGUGAUUGGGAAGAUGAAUAUGAUUUUCGGGAAUGGAAUGAAAAACAGAAAAGGAUAAGUCAAACGCAACCCGAAGCAGAACAAAAACGUGUUUAUACUCCUAGAGAUAUGAUGAAAUUUUAUUUGGCUGCUUGUAGAAACAGAGAGGAAUUCCCUGCUGACCGUUUAGUUGAUAUCUUUAGUAAAUCAAGCCAGCCAGGAGGCUCAUUAAAUGUCAUUGACUUAACUGGUGACAUUAUUGACAAAAAAAUUGCCGAACCUAUAGCGGACAUUCUCACUCUAGAAUUUGGUUUACAAAAAUUAAUAAUGGAAAGAUGCGAGAUUGAAGACGAUACAAUGAAAAUUAUAUGUCACAGUUUACUUGUGAAUGAUUCACUUCCGUACCUUAAUUUAUGUAAUAAUAAGAGGCUUAGGACGAAUGGUUUUAAUUACAUAGCUGUUUAUAUAAAGAAGUCUUCGACUUUGGCAUAUCUUGACCUUUCCGGUAUUAAUAUAGAUAAAAAGUCUUCUACUUUUUUGGCGCAGGCGCUGAUACAAGGAAAUAAUAAAUCUGGAGCUGUAUUAGAGACUUUGAAAUUAGAUAAUUGCGGAUUAAAAAAUAAUGUGUUAGAAGUUUUGGGUCCUGGUAUACGUCGUUCUAAUUUACGUAAUUUAUCACUUCGCUUUAAUCGUAUCAAUCAUGUUGGUGCGGUGUGGAUUGGAGUAAUGUUGCGAGAUUACGAAGAUUUGAAUUAUGGCACUAACAAUGCACAAGUUAGUCCUUCAAUGCCGUCUUUUCAUGAACAAGAAGAAGCUAGAGCAGAAAAGUUGCGUAGGCGAAAGCGCGGAAUAGAAGUGUUAAACGUUACUGGAAACGAUUUAAGAAGUGGUAUUCAGUAUAUUGCGCAGGCUUUACGUCGUAAUCGAAGCCUGAAGGAAUUGUAUAUGCAAGAAAAUCGCAUAGAUUCUAAAGGAUUGACUUAUUUGGCGGAUGGUUUGAAAUAUAACCAUACUUUGGAAUUAUUUAAUAUAAGUAAGAACCCUGUCGGUGGUCCUUCAUCUGAAGGGAUUAUCGCACUUCGAAAUGGCUUAUCAUUAAAUACCACACUUAAAGGAUUAUUUUUAUCUAACAUAAAUUUAUCAUCCGAAGGUGCGAUAGCUAUUGCUGAAUAUCUUCCAGAAACAAACUCAUUAGUUCAUUUGGAUUUGACAUUAAAUCCAGAUAUUGACAUUGCAGGAGUUAUGGCUUUAGCUGUCUCAAUUAAAAUGAACCAUAGUGUUCGUGUCUUGGAUGUUAAUGUGCAACCAAACGAUAAUGAAAUGGCACGUCUUUCUCGUGAUAUUCUUCGCGCAUGCGUAAGGAAUACAGAAUUGGCCCAAAAGAGUGAUUCGGAGAAUUCUGAGAAUGGUUUCUUGUUAGCCGACUUUGAAACAAAAUCACAUUCCGUGUUAUCAGGAAUAACUGAAUCUUCGGAUUUUAAUGAAUCAUCAGAAUUGAGUUUAGGAAUAUAUGUUGGGGAUCUUAAAAAAAAUGUGAAAAUUGGAAAAGAAAAUCUCAAAGCGUUCGAGGAAAUAUUAGCAACCGAUGAAAAAUUAUCAUUUACUGAAAGAGUAGUACCUAAUGAAAUGAUAAAUCGAUUACAUGACCAAUGUAAAAACAUUCAAGCAAAGAUAAGACCAUAUAUUGCUGCUGUUACAGAUGAAAUACUUUUAGAGGAUCUGUAUACAUUAAAUGAUAAUUUAUCAAAUGUUUUACAAAAGUAUGAAAAAAUUUACAAUCAUAAUCACGAGAUUUAUCAAAAUCCCAAAAUGAUUAGAUCAGUGACGGAAAUUGCAUCGCCAGCUUCACCAUCUGUAACUCCUCCAACUUUUUCAAUCGGUGAUUCUGACGAUGAUGGUGAUUUAGAUAACAUUGCUUUAUCUGAAGGAAGUUCAUCAUCAAAGAAAAUUCCACCUUCAUUAAAUAUUGAAUCGGUUUUGACUUCUGAUAAUGACAUAAAUAGUCAAAAAAGUCCACUUGAAGAAAUGAAUAAAUUAUUGGAAGUUGAAGAAGGGCAAGUAUUAAGAAAGGCGAGAGAAGUAUUCGAACAGGAUAUUAAAAAAACGGAAUCCAGUUCUUUAGAUCAAUUAAGCGCGUAA